AUGGGUUUAGAAGAUUUGGUCAGAAAUAAUUAUAAGAUUGACUUUACUAACCAAAAAUGCUUUCUUCCUUAUGCUUCUACAUCUGUUAAUGCAAUAGUUUGCAUCAAAGAUGUCUCAACAAUACAGUAUUUCAAUCCAACCUAUGUUACACCAUCCGUGACAGCGACUUCAGUCGCUCAAAAUCAACAAAUUCAAGCCUGGGGUAAGAAAUCGCAAAAUAAAUAUAUGUUCUUUACGGAAUUUUUAAACAUCUCGGAUAAAUUACCUCCACCACAUAUUACUGAUACUUCCGAUGGCACACCGAAGAAGAUUGGCGCCCAAGAAUUAAAAGAAAUGAUUCUCGAUCAAGUGCGCGACAAAAAAGUCGCAAAACAAAUCCUCGCCAGUAAACAAGAGGACGAAAGGGAACGACAAGAACAAAUUCAGCAAAAACAUGACAGAAAUCGAACAACAAAGCCCCAAACGACAAAAUUUGUCGCAUCCUUAAUACAAGAAGCGGAAACUACCAUAGAAGUAGAAGAAAUCAAAGAAAGAUAUGCCAAAAAGGAAGAAAUAGAGCAACCAAAUGACCAAAUUAUUACCCUUUCUAAAUAA